UCUGAAUGGAAGGGUCGAGGUCGUCGUCGGCGGCGAGCAGAUCCUGAAGCCAGAACUCCACCCCGGCGCCCGCGCCAUGCGGCGGGAGAGGUGCGGCGUCCCCCACCCGCGUCGCCGCCAUGGAGGUGCUGCGGCGCUCCUCGGUCUUCGCCGCCGAGAUCAUGGACGCCUUUGACCGCUCGCCCACAGACAAGGAGCUGGUGGCCCAGGCCAAGGCGCUGGGCCGGGAGUACGUGCACGCGCGGCUGCUGCGCGCCGGCCUCUCCUGGAGCGCGCCCGAGCGUGCCGCGCCGGUCCCGGGACGCCUGGCUGAGGUGUGCGCGGUGCUGCUGCGCCUGGGCGAUGAGCUGGAGAUGAUCCGGCCCAGCGUCUACCGCAACGUGGCGCGUCAGCUGCACAUCUCCCUGCAGUCUGAGCCUGUGGUGACCGAUGCGUUCCUGGCCGUGGCUGGCCACAUCUUCUCUGCAGGCAUCACGUGGGGCAAGGUGGUGUCCCUGUAUGCGGUGGCCGCGGGGCUGGCCGUGGACUGUGUGAGGCAGGCCCAGCCUGCCAUGGUCCACGCCCUCGUGGACUGCCUGGGGGAGUUCGUGCGCAAGACCCUGGCAACCUGGCUUCGGAGACGCGGCGGAUGGACGGAUGUCCUCAAGUGUGUGGUCAGCACAGACCCUGGCCUCCGCUCCCACUGGCUGGUAGCUGCACUCUGCAGCUUCGGCCGCUUCCUGAAGGCUGCCUUCUUCGUGCUGCUGCCAGAGAGAUGAGCUGCCCACCUGGCAGUGGCCGCAGCCUGGCCCUCUGGGCCCAACGCAGGAGGCCCUCAGCACCCGAAAACAUCUUCCUCCUCCCCACCCGAGCCUGGAGCACUCUAACCCUUGGAGACCCCCUAAGCCCCGUUCCUCCGCAGACCCAGGCCCUCCGGAAGGGGUGAGUGGGGAGGGGCUUUCCUGAGCCUGGAGCUGGGCUUUGGGGCAGCCUGCGACCCUCCCCGCUUGUGUCCCUUCUCCUGUGAUCUCUGUGUUUUCCCUUUUCUUUCUGGGGCCAGGAAGUCGGGGUCAACUCCCAGGCCUCAGAUGCAGGGGCCCAGAACACCUGCUCUCACCUGAGCCCCAGGUGAAGGGGCCCGGAACACCUGCUCUCACCUGAGCCCCAGGUGAAGGGGCCCGGGAACACCUGCUCUCACCUGAGCCCCAGGUGAAGGGGCCCGGAACACCUGCUCUCACCUGAGCCCCAGGUGAAGGGGCCCGGGAACACCUGCUCUCACCUGAGCCCCAGGUGAAGGGGCCCGGGAACACCUGCUCUCACCUGAGCCCCCGGUGAAGGGGCCUGGAACACUUGCUCUCACCUGAGCCCCAGGUGAAGGGGCCUGGAACACCUCCUGUCACCUGAGCCCCAGGUGAAGGGGCCCGGGAACACCUCUCACCUGAACCCGGGGGUCCCAUCCCAGGAAGAAGGGCCAUCUCAGGACAUGAGUCCUCAGGGGCCCUGCACAUUCAAUCUGAAGGUGACCCUGGCCUGGCUGAAGCUGGAAGAGCUGUGGGGACUCAGCCUGUAAACAGAGCGUAAGGUUCACAUGCUGGUUGCUUAAUCCGUUUCUGGAGGAAAAGUAUGACCCCCACUUGUGAUGGGGUCCUUGUGCGGUGGGGACCGGGGCCGGCGGGCUCCAGGCCAGCACACCUAACCCAUGGAUGUGGAACCUACGGCCCAGAAGGAAUGUUGCAUGAGUCGGAUCCCAGUCCAUUGUCAGUGGAGGGUGAGGGUGACCCCAUCUGAUAUUUUUGUGCUCAUCCUCAUACAACCAUUUGGGGAUGUGCCUAUUAGGGCUCCGUAAGAGCUCAGAUGCCUGGGAAGCCCAGCCCCUCAGGUGCCCCCACACACAGCCUUCCCUUGACGCCUACAUUUCUAGGCACAUGUGAGGCAUCUUUCCUGGAGCCCCGAGCCAGCCCUGUCCCUCCCCAGUGCAGCAUGGCACUCAGGAGAUACAGGCUGGACAUGGGGCAGUCGUUCUGGGGAGGCCUGGCCUAGCAGCCACCCACCUGAGCCCUCCCAGCCAGGCUUCGUGCUGGGGUGGGCCAUGUGCCAGGACAGGAGGGUCCCAGCGGAAAGCCAGCCCCGGACUCAAUGUGACAUUGAGAUCCCACUGGAGGGUAGGGGUGGUAAUAAACUUCUCCAAAUGAUGGUUGUCA